AUGGCAAAACUUAAUGGAAAAUAUGCGAUGUUGAAGUUAAAAAGAUUUGGAGAAGCCUCUUCUCAUUUGUCUCGUCAUUCCUCAGUCUCAAAGGUGGAAAGAAUGGAGAUUAAAGAAUUUGGACCUUCAUGGUUGAUGCCAAUGCUAAGAGCUGACUACUUUGCAACCUGUCGUUUCCAUGGAGAUUCUAAUAAAAGCGAAUGCAAUCUGUUCUGUUUGGAUUGCUGUGGGAAUGCCAUCUGUCCCUACUGUUUGAUUCAUCAUAAAAAUCAUCAUACUGUUCAGAUAAGGCGUUCUUCUUAUAAUAACGUGGUGAGGGUGAAUGAGAUUCAAAGAUAUUUAGACAUAUCAUGCGUUCAAACAUACAUUAUCAACAGUGCCAAGAUCGUGUUCUUGAACGAGCGUCCUCAGGCUAGGCCAGGAAAAGGCGUCACCCACCACUGUGAGAUUUGUGGGCGGAGCCUUGUUGAUGCUUUCCGAUUCUGUUCUAUUGGUUGUAAGCUUGGUGGCUUGAACCGUGGGGAUAGCAAGCUGAGCUUCACGUUGAAGAUGAACCACAUGAUCCAUGGGUAUGAAUUUCAUGGUGAACUGUUGAGAGGUUCUGUCAGCUCUGGUGAGGAGGAAGGAACCAACAAUAUGUCUCCGGGGACACCACCGAUAUUUAAUAACCGGAAUUCAAGCAGGAGGAAGGGGGUACCGCAUCGGGCGCCGUUCUGAUGACCACCAUGACUGCUAGAGUAAGAGGUAAAUAUAGAUAGGAAAGAAGAUAAAUGGGUGAAAAGUGGAUGAUGUGAUAUAUACUUGGUUUUCUUUUAUUUCUUUUACUGACAUGUUUUGAUUAAAAUUAAAGGGAAAUUUGUACAAGAGGACAUAUUUUUGAUGUAUGUAUAUAUAUAGACCUAAACAUCAGGGA